CAUUCUUCAUUUAUUAUUUGUUUUCUUGCAUAAACUUCUUUGAUGACAACCUUCUCUAUACGACUGUUAUCAUCAUAAUAAUAAAAUAAGCGUGCCUGUGACUUUGACGUUUAUGCUAAAUGCAUGGUUGUGCACAAGUGCACAAUAACUUUUUUUCCAAUGUCCGAGUGUCUUUAUUUCAUAUAAUUAUCCUAUGUAAAUCCUUUUUACGACUUUAGACUCUAUAACUUGUCCUUUUUGGAAAAAUGAAAAUCUCAACGUUUUGUUUCAAGUUAUGUAUCAAUAGUUCAAUAUAGGUUUCUAUUUUUUUGUUUCUGGUAAGGGUAUAUCCUCAUAACACCUGUCAAAUUGAUUCAAGCGAUAAUAGCCUUUAUACGAAUGCCGCAAGGUUUAACAUAGGUUUCGCUAAUUUGUCAUUAUUAUGUUAUCAUUUUAUAUUUUUUGCUUUGUUUGAUUGUAGAAUAGAUUUUUGUUGUUAUGAUAUUAUUUGUCAUCAUUAUUUUACAACUUAAGGUUUUAUGAUUACAUUUCUAUGGUCCUUUUUUGACACAAAAUAAAACGAGAAAAAUGAAUCCAUAAUGCUUGUAUUUUUGUCAUAUUUAUGGAGAACAGUCCCCAAAAUACUUUUUAUUUUUUUAUUAUUAUUAUGUGCGGUUUUGCCAACUCGACAUGAGUCACCAUUAUAAAACAACUUAGUUCAAUUCUUGUUUUUAUCUACUUUUUUUUGUGUUGAAGCGCUACGAAAAACAAGCAGACAAAUUUUUUUCCCUGCUUCGUUCCUCAUUUGAUGAAGACUUUAGAUUUUCCGAGUUAAACUCAGCUUAUCUCUGUGCCAUAUUUUAUCCAGAUCAGUUCAGUCAGUUUGACGAGGUUUAUCACCUAACCGUGUUUGAACAUCCAUCGGUCCGGGUAUUUUAUAUAAUCGAUUUUGGUUGGCACUGGUUCGUUCAAUAGUCUCCAUACUGCUUUCCACGUUCACCUCGUUCCAUAUUAUCGCUAGACCUGGAGGGUUAUAUCUCGCUCUCUCUCUCUCGCACGGCUGAGAUAUGCAUUGUGUGAAUGCAACAGCAGUCUGUCACGUCUUUCGCUUGAGCAUUUGGCGAUCACCGGUGCAGUUGGGCUCUAAGCGAGUGGGGAAUUUAUUCCGGUAUUUCAUUCGCCAUCGGAUGGCGGCCAUCUUGAUUUGAUGAUCAACAUUGUAUAUUAAAUCACUUAUUUACGUCAAAUCAAGAGUCAUUUUCAUGUUAAUUUUCGCACCUGUGCAAUUUACCUAACCUUUGAUAGUAUUGAGAUUAAUUUUCAUCUAAGACUUUUCAUUCCAGCUAGUAACUGAUUUUAUUAGACUUUUACGCCAUGUUCUGUCAAUGAUGGAACAGAAUGAUCCUUAAAUCCAUUGUCAUAUAAUUUGAAAUAUAAUCAUACCUACGUACUAGACAGCAGGGACUAGGCAAAUUUGGGUGUUAGAAUUAAUUAGAUAUAAACUUAUUUAUGUAUGCGCAAUCGAGUACUGAUUAGGUUAACCACAAAAAUAGUAUAACUGUAUCACAAAAUAUGUUUAACAAUUUUGCAUCCACCUGUAUAAUACCUAUGUAUUAUUUUUCUUUGGAUAUCCGGAUUCCGCACUUGAUACCUGUUUUUUAUUAUUUUUUCAUAUCAAACUAUAGAUGUUGGCGCGGAAGAUUUGCACCAAAGCCUCUUAAGUCAUUCGGCUCAGACUUCUUUUUAAUAAACAUCUGUCUUUGCUUGUAUCUUCCGGGUGAAUAUAGUAUGAGGGGCACUUUCCCUCCUGACGGAUACAUAGCCUAUCGCCACUAAUAUAUCAAUAGUGACCUCCUAUAAAGAGCAAUCACAAUCCAUUCUCAUCCCGAAAUCGAUACGAUAUCCUUCUUUUACCGUCGACUUGGUCGGUUAAUAGGGCAAUGACCAAUAAAACUUUUAUUUUGCGACCUAAUAGAUCAGGGUCAAUGGCGACUAUGAAUAUUCGUAAAGCAUGUAGGCUAAAUACCAAUUAAAAUCGUUGUGGAAACAGAAGAAAUUUAUAGGAAUUUGCACGACCAAAAUAAACCAUCCCAUUUCAAAGAAACUGAUUUGUUGCUAUUUUUAGAUCAUGAAUAUUGAUUUGAUCAUUCAUUAUAGGCCAAAUGGGAUGGUAUAAAAAUGUUUCAUUUCUUUACCACCUACAUUUUUUUGACAUUUCGUUUCAUCCCAAGUAGGUUUACCUGUUCUAAUAAAUACCAACUUACCCUUCGACCCAGUGAUUACGUAACUGUUUCAUGUUCCGUAAUUUCGCAACAUUGUUUUAAAUAUUCUGGUCCUGAGCUCUUUGUUAGUUAGAAGCCGGAUUACGUUCGUCUUCGUCGGCAGGGCGUAGCUUAACCAAUUCUCUCAGGAAUUUUCCUUGCAUCCCAUUUUGAAUAGUUAGGUUUGAUGCAGUAGGUACUUAGAUUGUCAAACGCCUCUUCUUGUUAAGAGUGUCUUGUAUUGACAUUUACGUAAUUUGUGUGGGCAUUCUCUACCUACAACAAGUAUUCGUAACAAAUUCUCGUUUUGAUUCAACGGAACGGUCUACUAUUUUUGGGGAAGGUUGACGAACUCUUUUUUUUACCAGGUGCCCCUCUAAUUCGCUUUUCUGAAUUUGUUUGUAAAAGGUCUAAUGGGUCGUAUUUGUACUUAUGGUAGUGGUAAAAUAACAUUUCUCAAAAUGUUCUACGUUCAAUUAUUGUAAUGAAAUGAGAUUUUUUAGUUGAAGCCUACUCACAUACACAUUUGGUGAUUUAUUCGAUUUUUUCUGAUCUUUCUAUUAAUAUGGAUAUGGACAGAUGGACCAUGCAAUAAAUAUUAUCCAGAUACAUAUCUCCGUGAAAUUAAAAUGAAAGCAUAAUUUUCUAUAGACGUGUAAAUAUGCGACUAUUUUCCUGGAUUUGAUUGAUUUUUACUUUGUAAGGGAAGCCAUUGAUCAUACACGGCGUUCCGUUUCGCGCAUGCGGUAUCGUGAUGUCUGCGUCGUUUACGCUUGAUCGUAAAUGAGCUAUCUAGUGUUCCCCAAACGGUCUGUGUGGACUUUAUCACGAAACGAAACGUUAGCGCCUCUGCGUUGGGUCUGCUCGGUCGCGCGGUACUUGAAGUUUAGAAUUAUUUCUCAUAGAUGGCGUAACUUGUAUACUAAAUAUACUGUCAAUGUCAAUGUACUGUCAUGCUGCGGCUAGGGUGCGGCGUCGGCUUCUGCAAAACAGGGAAAUGAUAAACAAUGCAAUUAAUUAUUGACUCUGAGCCUGGUCUAGCUAUAGAAAAAGAUAUGUCUACGAUCGACGAUAUUGAGAAAGUUGGAAAUGGCAAUAUUGAGAAACUUAAUGAGAAUAACUGCAACGGAAACAAAGAAAAUAUUGGAGAUGUUAACGUAAUUGCAAAUGAUCAAAUAGACAAACAAAAUAUUGAUGCGGAUGUUGUAUCCGAGACACAGAGUGAAAUAAAAUCAUUGAAUUCGGAACCGGAGAAGACUAAUGGGCUCGAAACGAAAGAAACUGAAAAAAUUCAUGACUCUGUCGCAAAUGGUGAAGAAACAAAAGAAUCUCAAAACAAUAGCUGUAAUGGAAAAAAUGGGAGCACCCCUCUCAGUGCAGAGCAACCGAUUGAAAAAAAACAUGAACUAAUUGUCUGUGAAAGUAUUACAAGUAAUAGUAAAGUGAACAAUACAGACCAAAAUAAAGAAUCUGCCGUAGGAACUACUGAUGUUAACAAUGAAACAUCAACUGUAACAAAACCUAUAACUGGCGAUGAAUUAACAUCUGCUGAUAAUAUUGUAGCAGUAACUAAUAAUGUUAAAGCGGCAACAGAUAAAAUUGAAGCACAAACUGAUAGUGUUGAAAUGUUAACUGAUGAUGUCGAGGCAGCAUCUAAUGAGAUUGAAGCAGACACUGAUAAUGUUGAAGCAGCGCCUAAUAAAAUUAAAACGGUAACUGAUGAAGUUGGAGCAGCAACUGAUAAUGUUGUAAAGGUAACUGAUGAUGCUGAAGCAGCGACUGAUGCAACAGACAGUAGUGAAACUGUAACUGACACAGUCAAUUUAAAUAAACCAGCAUCUGAAUCUGCACCAGUUAAAGUUGUAGAAACGGAAGUGGCAUUAUCUAGUCUUAAAGAUGAUGUUGAAGUCAUUGAAGAACCAGUGAAAAUAAUUGAGGAUUUGCCCGACGUUAUGUUGUCUAAAGAAUCGGAAAAUACGAAAAAUAACGAAAAACUAGAUUUGUCAGGAAAUAACAAAAAAGAUGAAGACAGCACAAUGACGGUGGACAUAUCGGACACUGAAUCUGGUGCAGUUGUAUUAAGCAAUGAAGCACCAAUUGAGGUAAAAGAUGACAUGGAUGUAGAAGUUAUUGAAGAUACAAAAAAUUGUGAACAAAGUUCUGAAAAACAAAGUAAAGAUACACCUAGUAUGCCUAACAAUAUUGUAGAACAACCCGUUGUAUGCAAGUUAUCAAAUACACUAGAUAUUUUGUCUGAUGAUGAUGAUGAGGAACCUCCAAAAAAAGAACCUGCUAAGAUAGAAGAAAAUAUUGAAAAACAAUGCAUUAAUAUAGAGGAUGAUGAUGAUAUUAUGCUCAUUGAUGAAGACUCAAGUAAGACUGAAACACCUCCAACUGUAAAUAAUAGUAUUAAGGAGAAUGACUCUGACAAAGCUGAUAGUAAAACUGAUUCUGAAACUGGUGAAAAACCUCUUGAAGAAAGCGACUUGUUUGCAAAAAGUGAAUCACAAGGUUCAAAACCUGCGGAAGAAGCAAAAUCCGAUAAUUUUGAAAUGAAUAUUAGUGAAAAGCAACAAGAAGAAAAACUGCAGACAAUCGAGCCAGCUCUACCUCUCAUACCGGAAAAUUUUCUAAAAUCAGCCAAAAAGAAUAUUGCUGACAUGACAAGGGAAGAUUUGGAAGAAUUCUGUAUAUUGAAAAUAGUAGAAAGUAUUGUGGAUAGAAGCAGCUUGAGCGAUAUUAAACAAAAACUAAAAUCUGUUGCCCAAGGUGUUGAAGAGUACAGAAAAAAAGUUGGUAUGCUCACAAAGCAAAAUCUAGAUCUUCAAGUGGUUUUAAAAUCUAUUCAGGAGGAACAGAAAAAGGUGAAACCAGACACUCCUAUAACUCCUCUCAAAAUAACUCGGUCUGUGGGUAUGCAAGUGUUUAUGGAAAAGACUGCACAGAGAAGGAAAAAUAUUGCACAACCCCAACAGACUCAAAAUUCCAAUAAUACCACACAAGUCAUGAGCCGACAAGGAAAAGUAGUGACACCAGCAAACACAAAUAGUCCUCGACCCCAGAAACCACAGCCCAAUAACCAGAAUAUACCUGUACCUAGGCUAGUGCCAGCCAACAGCCCGGCUAUAAAAUCACCAAGUUCUAUACCUCUAGUCAGUCAAACAACUCCAGGGAAAACUGGCAGUCCCAUGCCAAAUGGAGUGAAGAAUCCCUCACCCCUAAAAGCUGGUGAAAAAAGACAACACAGCAAAGUAACAUCUGUGACAGUGGAUUUAACUGAUGAUGAGCCACCAGCAAAAGUGAACAAUCGCACAUCACCAGCACCUCCAGUUAGAGUAGUUCCAUCUCAGAAUCUAAUGGCUGCUCCAAGACAAUCAAUUCCAGUAGGUGUUAAUAAUAGUCCCAGAAAAGUUUACAUACCUAUUAGUGGUCAGCAGAAUCAGAAUAUCCGACCUGGACAGACUAUUAUGUUAAAAGCUGUUGGAUCACCAGGUUUAAGGCCUAAGGGACCUACUUCUCAAGUUGCAAGAGUACAAAGUAGUUCGAUUAGAAUGACCAGCAAUGUGAGGCCACAAUCGUCAGGAAGACAUCCAGCUCCUCUACCCGACGCAAUGAAGCAAUACCAGCCACCAAACUGGAAAGCAUUACCACCAGCACCAGAAAUCAAAUUGUCUAAAGUGGAGAACGGAAUAGUAAUAUCCUGGAAGAUUGAGAGUUACCAAGAAGACUGUCAUGAGGAGAUAGCAAGCUAUCAAUUGUAUGCAUACCAAGAAACAUCUUUUCCCCCAAGUACAACAUUAUGGAAAAAGAUUGGAGAUGUCAAAGCAUUGCCUUUACCUAUGGCAUGUACUUUGACACAGUUCAUGGCUGGAUUCAAGUACUACUUUGCUGUAAGAGCAGUAGAUAUCAGGUCCCGACUGGGCCCAUUCAGUUUACCCGGGAGCAUACUCCUACUGAAUAAAUUGUAAGACUGAUGUUGUGAAUGGACCAUGCUAAAUCCUGCAAUGUCAUACAUUGUAGAGUGCUUACAUGCGAGUGUAAUUGAUAGUGUUGUGUUUGUUUUAGUUAAUUAUUUAUUAUUAUAAUUUGUGGCAAUUGUUUAAAACUUUUUGAAAAAGAACUUUUUCCGUGAACUGCUCCCCACUAGUGCUAUUAUUGUUAUGAUUUCGGAGCGCUAUGGGACCGCGAUUGGUAGAAUUUACAUGACAGAAAGCAGGUGGGAACUGACCACCUUUAUUUAUCUGUGAUGUAACACUUAUGUUGAUUUUCCUAUUUUCCCUUAUCUCAUUAAACAAUUGAGUUAACACUAAAUGAACCUGUUACAAAUGUUUUUCUUUUAAUGGUUAGUGUGUGUAGUAUGAGAAAUCUCGAUGAUGACUGAUUGAUUGAUCUUUUGAACAAUUAAAAAAAGUAGAAUGUAGCAUGGAAGUUGUAUUGAAUUGUAAAGGCGUAACCUAAAUUUGUCAGUACUAUCUACAGGUAUAUUCCGAAGUAUAUAUUUUAAAUUGUAACUCGUAAUCUAGGUACAUUACUGCCUGUAUAGAAUGUGAAUAUUUCGGAUUCCUACUUGUGAUUACAGAUUUAAAAUCUA